GCUCCGUGCAGGCCAUCCGUAUAGUGGAGAUGCAGGUCCCGCAGAUCGUUGAGGUCGGCAAGACGGUGCACCUGGCCUGCCGCUUUGACCUGGAGGGCGCGAACCUGUACUCCCUCAACUGGUGGCGCGGGUCCGAGCAGUUCUUCCAGUACAGCCCCUCCAGCGCCGACAAGAUCAUCGUGUACGAGUCCCCGGGCAUCACCGUGGACAAGGAGCUCUCGGGUCGCCAGGCCGUGGUGCUGCGGAACAUCUCCCACGCCUCCGCCGGCCGCUACAAGUGUGAGGUGUUGGCCGACUACCCGAGUUUCGAGAAGCACUCCGAGACCACGACGAUGAUGGUGAUAGACGUGCCCGCGCGUAAGCCCAAGAUGACCCUGAGCCGCCUGCAGUGGUCCCCCGGCGAGGUGCUGAGGGCCAACUGCACCGCCCCCGCUGUCAGACCGCCCUCCGACCUCCAUUGGUACAUCAACGGCAAGAGGGUAUCGCCGCAGAAGUUCCGCACCGUCACCACAGAGGCCGAGCCGCCGGGCCGCGUGGUGGGCGUGGGCGUGGGCGUGGCGGCGGGAGGCCAGCAGCAGCAGCAACAACAGGACCCCCAGCAGCUGUCCCGCACGUCGCAGCUGACCCUGGCGCUGAAGGCGGUGCACUUCACGGCGGGCGGCCAGGCGACGCUGGCCUGCGAGGCGACCUUCUCUGGAAUGUACAGCAGGGUGGCCAGGAAGCACCUGGCUCUGCCCGGCUACAAGACGGCGGCGCCCUCACAGAAGCUGUUCGGUGGCGGCGCCCGCGUGGGGGCAGGCGGCAGCGGGGGUGCCGCCGCCCUGCUGCUGGGCCUGGCGCUGGUGCGGCUAUUGUAGGGAGCCCCGCGCCCGGGCCAGCCACCCUUCCCUGGGCUGGCCAGGCCACGCCUUGUGGACGACUGUCUCGCCGUUCUGAACACCGGCAGGCGGCGAGCGGCGGCGGCAGCAGCACCGGCCAUAACGCCCAGGCGUGGCGGCCGCGGCGCCCCGGCGUGCCGGCUGUGGCGCAGCAGCCAUAACGCCCCGGCGUGGCGGCCGCGGCGCCCCGGCGUGCCGGCUGUGGUGCAAUGGCCGUGGCGGCUGUGGCGCACUCUGCGAGGUGAAGCCAGCCAUGCAGGGCAACGCUGGCAGCGACGAGCAGGCUGGCCUCAGACCACGCACUGCUCCCACCCCCCUCCCGGGUAACGGGUGGCGGGCCUUCCCCUCCCCUCGGUGUACAUGCCCCUGUAGCGGCAGCCCCGCCUCCCCGUAGACACGUGUACAUACGUACUCACCAUGAGGACUUUUGUUGCCUAUGGAUUGAAUUCAGGGUCCUAGCGUAUAAGGAACAAGUAACAAACACACAUUAGCCUGGUAGACUCCUCUAUAAUGGCAGAGUUGAAUGAACGGGAAUCACCCCCUCACCGUCAACCCGACAUCCCCGUCAGCCGUAGGUCGUCACUAUACCUGAUGGCGACAGACAUGUAUCACAUAGCGCUAAGUCGAUGGGACGUAGAGCCUAAGAUGAAUGACCAUAGUACUUACACGAGAAACUGGCGGGUGGGGUAGUGGCGGCUGCGGGGUCAGCCCCGCCCCGCACCUUGUCACACACUCUAAACACCUC